CAAUCUCAUCUUAGAAUCCUCACAAUACAACUCCACAUAGUGGUAUAAGCGUCUGGUGUGCUAAGGCCACAAAAGCACAAAGAUAAGAUGGGUGUCCACGAUCAUGCAAACCGUUUAGCAGCCAUGCGCCUUGGAGACGUCAUGUGCGUCCCCAUGGCCCUGCGGGCCGCGAUCGAUCUAAACGUGUUCGAGAUCAUAGCUGAUGCUGGGCCCGAAGCUCAGCUCUCCACAUCAGAGAUGAUCGCCAAGUUGCACACAUCGAAUCCGCAUGCUGCAGCUGCCUUGGAGCGUAUACUCCGAGUCCUUGUAACGGAUUCGAUCCUCACCAUGUCGGUAAGAUCAGACGGUAAGGGUGGGAGGACUGAAGCUGUGUACGGCCUAACAGACGAGUCUCGUUUCCUUGUGGCGGACGAGGAUGGCACGUCGGUGGCCCCACUGGUGCAACUGUGCCUGGACAGGGCGUCAGUGGAGGCGAUGUAUUAUCUUAAGGAGUUCGUGAUGGAAGGGGGGCGGCCACCGUUUGAAAUGGCCCAUGAUGUUGAUCUGUUUGAGUUUGGUUCUAAGGAGCCUAGGUACAACAAGGUGUUCCAUGAGGCCAUGAGCAAUGGCUCGGCCAUUGUUUUGAAAGAGAUCUUUGAGGUGUAUGAAGGUUUCAAUGAAGUGAAACAAGUAAUGGACGUGGGUGGGGGCAUGGGUACCUGUAUUUCUUCCAUAGUCUCCCAUUUCCCUCACAUACAUGGUGUUAAUUUCGAUUUGCCUCACGUAAUUUCAAGUGCACCUCAUUACUCAGGCGUGGAACACGUGGGAGGAAAUAUGUUUGAGGGUGUACCAAGUGCGGAGACCAUUUUUAUGAAGUUUGUGCUUCACGACUGGGACGAUGAUCAUUGUGUAAAGCUGCUAAAGAACUGCUGGAAUGCGUUGCCUGACGGUGGAAAGGUAAUCAAUGUUGAGCUUGUGGUCCCUUCCGUACUCAGUACAGAUGCCGUUUCACGCCACACAGCCACUGAAGAUCUAUGGAUGAUGGCCACCAGUCCCGGCGGUAAGGAACGGACGGCGGCUGAGUAUGACAAUCUCGCAAAAGCAGCCGGAUUUGCAGAAACAAGGGAUAUUCCAAUCUCGAUGGGCAUUCAUGUGAUUGAAUUCUACAAGAGGAUUUCGCCCAAGAACUAGCAUGCUAGUGGAAGUGAGCAAAUGACAAUGCUAUAUUGAUAGAGGGGAGGUUAAAUUAAGAGGUUGCACAUGUGCCAAUGUGGCACGUGUGUGUGAGAUCCGAACCAAUCGUCAGCUGGGUCCCAGUUGAAUAUACCCAUAAAGUCAACAACACAUGUUUGGCCCAACUGAGACUAGUUGGAUUGUUGGGUCAGGGUACAUUCAUGAUGGACCCCACCUAAUGAAUGGCUCAGGAUGGAACACCUCUUAGUCUCUCCUACUGCCACGUGGCUUUGCAUUUCUCAUUACAAAUAUCUCUAAUAAUCUAUGGGAAAAGAAAGCUAGACUAACUAGUGUCUCUUUUUUUCUUCUUUUUUUGUUCUUCUCUUUCUAUGUUUUAAUAUAUCUACUACUAAAUUAUGAGCCUGAAGUCCUUGUUAUUACUUCC